AUGAAAAGUCUCACAUCUAAAGAUUAUAUUAGAAAGUAUACUUAAAUCUUCCAAGAAUUCUUGCCACUAUGUUUACAAUAUAGAAGAGAUAAAUAAUGGCAUUCAAUUGUAAAUUUAAUCUAAGAUGAAAUACAACAUUUUGAAAAGUUGCCUAAUAUAAUUAAAUAAAAAGUGGACUAAUUUACACGAAGCUCAUUGUAUUUUUUUUUAGCAGAAGCCUAAUAUCAUUUGAAAUAAACUCUUAAUGCAGAAGAAUUAUUAUUAAUAGACUCAAAAGAUCAAAAAAUAAAUCAAAUAAAAGCUAAAACUUAUUUUAUGCUAUAUAAACAAUCAAACAAAAUAGAACAUAUAGAGUAGGCAUAUAAUUUAUCAUCUCAAUAUUUUGGGUCAGAUCAUAAAAUUACUAUAUUUUAUAGAUAAGAGUAUCAAGAGAAGCAAAGAAAAAUUAAAUUCUAACAGUUAUAAUCAAUUCCGAAUUUUGAUAUUUUUAAAUCAGGUCUCGAAUUCCAAUAUUAUAAUCAACAAAAUAAAAAAUUAUAAUCUAAUAAAACAAAAGGUAAAACAAUUCAUUUGAGUGAAAUAGAAAAAUUAACAACAUAAGAAUCAACAUUUGAACCUUCUAAAAAAAUUAUAUAGAAAUUUAAUGAAUCUUCAUUCAGAAUAUCAGAAAAAAAAAUAAAUUUAUUCGUUCCAUUGUAAAAUUCUAAUUUUAACACUAAACCAAAUAUUUAAUUUCGUUUGAAUACAACUAAUAGUGAAUUAAAAGGAUUUUCAAAACUUAAUUCAUCAAUAGAUAAUUAAAUAUAAGGAAAUAUAACAGAAUUAUUAUUACCAAGACCAUUAACUAGUAAAUAGAGACUUUCGAAAAAAACUCUAAAAACAUCACCAACUCCAUAAAAAUAACAUCAUUAAUAAUAUUCAAAUUCUUCUCAAUAAUAGUUUAAUAGAGGAAAUAUUCUCAAAAAAAGUUAAAUAAAAAUGCAUUAAACAAAUUUAAUAAAAAGUAAUUCAAGAUAGAAAAUUGAAAUAAAAGAAUCUAUAAAUUUAAAAUUUUUUGAUACAAAAUCUAUAUAAUGUGAAAUUAGCGAAGAUAAUACAGAAUCAAUUUAUGAUUAAAAUAAAGCAUAAAACGAAAUUGAAUUUAAUUUCUCUCCAAGAGUUGGUUAAUCAUAUUAUAGUCUUAAUACAAGUAAUGAAAUAAGUAGACAUUAAAUUGAUUUUGAAUAUUUACGUAAGAGAAUUGAUUAUUUAUAUGAUAUUUAAUAAGAAGAAGCAUUAAGAAUGAUAAUUAAGAAUUUUAGAAAUUUUGUAUAAAAAUAAAAAGCAUAAAAAACAGAAGAACUUAUGAAAAAGACAAUUGCUAAAUAAAAUUUUUCAUCUCUUAUAGUUGAGUUAGGAGCUACAAAAAAUAUGUAAAUUGAAGAAAAGAUAGCAAAAAUUAAAUCAAUUAUUCAUAUAUGUUAAGUUAUAGAUUAAGGAUCUCUUAAAACUUGGAUGAUAUAUUCUCCAAUAAAAUAAAUCAAAGCAAUAAACUGGAAAAUUAGAAAUAUUUCAUGGGUUGUAUUUAAAAGAUUAAAAGCAAAGAAAUAGUAAAUUCAUCCUGAUAUUCUUAAAUUAUAUAAAGAAUAUCCAAAAUAUCAUUAAAUUAUUGAAAUUUGGAGUAAUAGUAUAGAUGGUACUAAUGCUAUUUUUGUAUUGACUAUUUAAAUAGAAGUUUUAAGUAGACUUUAUGAUAUUAGAUUACAUCUUAAGAAUAUACAUAAUAUUGCUAAAGAUUUUGAAAAUAUAUUUUCAAGUACUGAAAUGGUUUCAUAAUUAAUUCAUAUUUAUUUUUCAUCUCAUGGAAUUUAAUAUAAUUAAUCACUUAGAUCAACUACCUAGUGUAUUUUAUUAAAAUAAACUAUUUUAAGAUAAGAUAUGUUAAAAAAAGGAUGUUAAAGUAUAUCUAAUCAUAUUAAUUAAUUAUUUAUAAAUACAUUUUUACAUAUGAAAACAGAAAAUGGAUCAAAAUUUAGAAGAGUAACUUUGUUUGAAUAAAUUAUAGAAAAUUAAGUAGUUCUAUAUGAUUAAAUAGAUGAAAGAAGAAAAAUGAUAAAAAGAGCAUUUACACCUUUUCAAUUUGGUAAUGGUUAUAUAACUAUUAAAAAUUCUAAUGUAAGAAAUUAAAAACUUAUGAAAUCAUUAUCUAUUGGAAUUGAAAUCAAUUCACCUAUUUUAAAAUUUAGAGGAUCUUCACCUAAAAAUUAUUGGGCAGAUCUUCGAUCAUAAUCAUUUAAAGUAGCAUUCUAAGAUAAAGUUAUUGAAGAAGAAGGUUUUACCCCUAAAUCUGGUGAAUCUAUUGUAUUAUCUCCAAAAAGUCCUCUUACACCACCUAGUAGAAAAUAAAACAAUAAUUCUUCUUCUACUAUGAGCUUUAAAGUUAUUAAAAGUUCUAAAUCAAAGAAAAAACAAAUUGAUGAUUAUUUCAAAAAUUAUCCUAAAUAAAGAGAUGUAAUUCAUAAAAAAGAUAUUCCAAUGAAUCCUUAUUAAAGUUAGUAUGAAUAUUAUUUAUUAUUAGGUAAAAUUUAUUAUGUUAUUUAUCUAAAAAUGAAGAUGGAUGGAUUAUUAAUAAUUUAACUUUUACAUUUAAUUUUGAUAAUCCAAAACAAUUUGGCCAUUUUGUAAUAACUUAUCAUUAAAUUAAUUCAUCUGAAAAUAUUACAACAUGUCUAUCUCUCUUAUAAUUUUGCUAAAUAGUGAAUAUUAAUUAAAAUAUUAUUAAAAAUCAUUUAGGAUAUUUCAGAGCAUUACCCUAUAUAGCAAAACUUAACUAUCUUUAAUAAAUAAAUCAUUAAGAAAUUUGUAAUAAAAAUUACUCUAAAUUUUUAAUAGAAGAUUAUAAUUUUCCAGAAUAUAAAUUCACAAAAAAAUUAUAAAGAAAAUCUUUGGUAGCUGAUUCUUCUUAAAUUAAUAAAGAUCAUUUUUAUAUAUUUUUUUAUAGACCUUCCAACUAAUUUAGAGUAUUAUUUAGGAUUAAAUAAUCAACAUAUAAGGGAAAAGAUAUUUUUGAACUUUUUGUUUACAAACUUUCUUAACCUAGAUUCAUUCGAAUAUAUGAUUAAUCUAGUCUAAACAGAUUAUAAGAUUUAUUUCGUAAGAUUAUUCAUCAACAAAGUAGACCAAAUAUAGGAACAUUUUAGUAAAUUUAAAGAGUUAUUAAUUAUUAUCUUUAACAGGAUUAUAAGGCUAAUGGAAGAUGUUGGUCUAUUGGAUUUUAGAAUUCAUCAAAAUAAAUAUUUAAUUAUGAAUUGAAAUCAUAUCAAAUUACAGAUAUUUAUAAUGUAAUAUUAAAACAUCUAGUGGCUAAUGAAUAAGCCAUUAUUAAGAAUUUAUUAAAAACCUAUUGUAAAGUAGCUAAAUUUUAAUUGGUUUCUAAAUUAGAUAAUUUUACAGGAAUUAACCUAAUUUAUUUCACAUAGUAUACUCUGGCAUAAAAUUUAAUGAUUUUGGAAAUAUAAAUAUAUCCUUUUGAAAAAAGGCUUUCUUCCUAUAAAACUUAUCUCAACCAUAAUGAUUUAAAGAAUUUCAGUCUUCUUAAUGAUAAUUUAGAAGAAAAAGCUUUAUUAUUAAAGAACAAAAUUAAAUUAUGUUAUAACAACAAUUAGUAAUAAAUACAUUUAUCAGUAAAUCCUGAAUUUAAUUAUGUAAGUUAAUUGAAUGAGAAUUUGAGAGCUGAUUAUACUAAAAGUCUAUUUAUCAAAUAGAAGUAAGUAAUAAAAUUAAUUUUUUAAAAGGUUAAAAGGUUUAAUUCACACUUUUUAAUUUUUUCAUUAUUUUAUAAUACCUUUAACCAUGAAAUUAUAAUAUAAGUUUAUAUUCCUAAAUUAUGCAAAUUAUUUAGAAGUGUUUUGUCAGAAUAUGAUUUUAAAAACUUACAUUAAUCAAAAUUAGAAAAAAUAAUUCCUGGUAUCAUUUUGGACAAUUUUGAAAAGAGUUUCAAUUAUUUUCCAUAAAGAUACACUACAUUUACUAGUUAUGUUAAAGAUAAAGAUAAUAACAAUGUUGAUGAUCAAUUAUCCAUAAAAUCUCGUUUUAGUGAAAAAUCUGUUGAUUCUGCUAUAAGUUUGUAAAAAUAUAAAGAAUAAUUUGAAAAACUUUAAUAAAAUCAAUACCAGUCUUAUUAAAAAUAAGAAUAAAUUUAAAUAAAAGUUGAAACUAAAAAUUAAUUGUAAACAGAAUACAAAAAAAUUACUUCAAAAGUUCAUUUUAGCAAAUAAAAGAAUCCUCAAAGAGUUUCUCAUGAAAUAUAAUGUAAAAUUAUCAAUAAUUUUAAAGACUUUAAAGAAAGAGCCAGCAUAAAACCAUCUAUAACAAAAUUUGAUAGUUUAUAUGAUUGUGCUAAAUUAUAGAAGAUUUUAAAAGAUGCAGUACUGUCUACAAAUAUCAUUUAUAAAUACUUUUUGUGUUAUGUAAUAUAUUAACAAGUAAUUUUAGUUUUGGGAAUAAUUAAUUGAUGGAUGCAAUAUAAUCAUGACAAAUUAUAAUAAAUAUAUCUUAUAAAUUGAUUCAUAUAGAGGAAUAUUAAGACAAUUAGGGUAGAUAUUUUAUAUUAUAUUUUAGAGUAUCUAAGAGAGUUUUCAUUGAUGAUGAUUAUCAAGCUGAAAUUUUCUUUGAAUAAUAAUAAGUUGAAUAUGGUUCUAUGUUUGAAAAAUAUAGUUCUGUGACACUAAAGGAAUCAUAGAGCACAAGCAUUUAUUUUUCAUACAAAUAACUUAAUUCAUCUGAGGCAAAAACAAUUAAUUUAAAAUGUUAAUUUCGCUAAUGUAUUUAUAAUUACUCAACUGUAAUUUUAAUUAAAUUAAAAUAGCUUAAUUAAGUUUCCUAUAAUAGAGCAUUGAAAAUACUAAAAUAAAGUAGUGAUUAUAUAACAGAGUAAAUAAGGAAAAAGAAAAAACUAAUUGAAUUUGAAAAGUUAGAAUUAAAAAGUAUUACUGCUCUUAGAACAAAUAAAAAAAGUAUUUAAUUAGAUACUUACAUAAAUAAGUAUAAUAUUAUUAAUAAUUCAGUCAUUCAAAAUAUAAAUUCAUAUAUCAAUGUAGAUUGAUGAUGAAUGUUAUAGUAACAAUUUUAUAUAGAGAUAAUAGAUUUUAUUUUUAUUUGGAAGAUUGUAAGAAGUAGAUAGAUUUUCUAUUCAAAAUGUCUAUUAAUUCAGUUUAAGAAAAUAUUCCUCAUAUUUUUUUAUUGUUAAAAUGUAAAAAAGAUUUUACUAUUGGAAAAAGAUUAUUUUCAGCUUAUAAGAAUUAACUUAUUAUAAAGGCUUACGAAAAUUUAUUUAGAACCAACAAUUGA